GCGCCCCCGCCCGCCUCCCGGGCCCGGAGCGCGCGUGGCCCGCAGCCGGCGGCGCCGCGCGGGAUCUCAGUGUGCAGCGCGCCGCGCCCGGACUCGCGGGCUCGGCGGCCGAGAGGAUGCUGGCGGGCUCUCCUGGCCUCGGCCCGCGCUCCCGCCGGGCAGGGCCCCGGGCGCGCCCCUAGCCGCCGGCCCCGGCCCCCGGAGCCGCAGCCCUUAGGGGCGGGCGCGCUUGGCUGGCUCCCGAGAUCUCCCAGGCUCGCAGCCGCCGCUUCCUCCUGCGGCCGGGCGCCCGUGGGGUGCCCAGGGGCAGCCCUGCGCCUCUCCCUGCCGGAGCCCGGGCCUGACGGUGGGGAGUCGCGGCCGGUAAGGGGCAGCGGGCCCCUGGACGCGCGGAGCCUGCCCGGCCCGGCCGCCGCACGCGUGACUCGGCCCGCAGCCCGCGCCGGGCCCGUCCCGGGGCACGCACGCGGCUCCUGAGUUCCUGCACAGGUGACCGGGGCUACCGGCCCCAGCCCAGGAGAGGCCCCGCACCCUUCCCAGGUCGCAGAGCGCCCUGGUUAGGGGCCCCUUCCUCUGUUCCCAGUCCGCUUCUCAGGGCCAGAGGAGGCAGCCACGGGGCAGGAUGCCCAGGAACCAGGGCUUCUCGGAGCCCGAGUACUCGGCCGAGUACUCCGCCGAGUACUCGGUCAGCCUGCCGUCGGAUGCGGACCGCGGCGUGGGCCGGACGCACGAGAUCUCCGUGCGGAACUCGGGCGCCUGCCUGUGUCUGCCCCGCUUCAUGCGGCUGACCUUCGUGCCGGAGUCCUUGGAGAACCUCUACCAGACCUACUUCAAGCGGCAGCGCCACGAGACCCUGCUGGUGCUGGUGGGCUUCGCGGCCCUCUUCGACUGCUACGUGGUGGUCAUGUGCGCCGUGGUCUUCUCGAGCGACAAGCUGGCGCCGCUCGUCGUGGCUGGCAUCGGGCUGCUGUUGGACCUCGUGCUCUUCGUGGUCUGCAAGAAGGGGCUGCUGCCCGACCGGCUCACCCGGAAGGCGGUGCCCUACCUGCUGUGGCUGCUGAUAACAGCCCAGAUCUUCUCCUACCUGGGCCUGAACUUCGCGCAGGCCCACGCGGCCAGCGACACGGUGGGCUGGCAGGCCUUCUUCCUCUUCUCCUUCUUCAUCACGCUGCCACUCAGCCUCAGCCCCAUCGUCAUCAUCUCUGUGGUCUCCUGUGUGGUGCACACGCUCGUCCUGGGGGUCACUGUGGCCCAGCAGCAGCAGGACGAGCUGCAGGGGAUGCAGCUGCUCAGGGAGAUCCUGGCCAACAUCUUCCUCUACCUGUGCGUCAUCAUCGUGGGCGUCAUGUCCUACUACAUGGCCGACCGCAAGCAGCGCAAGGCCUUCCUGGAGGCCCGCCAGUCGCUGGAGGUGAAGAUGAACCUGGAGGAGCAGAGCCAGCAGCAGGAGAACCUCAUGCUGUCCAUCCUGCCCAAGCACGUGGCCGAUGAGAUGUUGAAGGACAUGAAGAAGGAUGAGAGCCAGAAAGACCAGCAGCAGUUCAACACCAUGUACAUGUACCGCCACGAGAAUGUCAGCAUCCUCUUCGCCGACAUCGUGGGCUUCACUCAGCUCUCCUCUGCCUGCAGCGCCCAGGAGCUCGUGAAGCUGCUCAACGAGCUCUUUGCGCGCUUCGACAAGCUGGCGGCCAAAUACCACCAGCUGCGGAUCAAGAUCCUGGGCGACUGCUACUACUGCAUCUGCGGGCUGCCCGACUACCGGGAGGACCACGCCGUGUGCUCCAUCCUCAUGGGGCUCGCCAUGGUGGAGGCCAUCUCGUAUGUGCGGGAGAAGACGAAGACUGGCGUGGACAUGCGUGUGGGGGUGCACACAGGCACUGUACUGGGGGGCGUCCUGGGCCAGAAGCGCUGGCAGUACGACGUGUGGUCCACCGACGUCACCGUGGCCAACAAGAUGGAGGCCGGCGGCAUCCCCGGGCGCGUGCACAUCUCCCAGAGCACCCUGGACUGCCUGAAGGGAGAGUUCGACGUGGAGCCCGGCGAGGGGGGCAGCCGCUGCGACUACCUGGAGGAGAAGGGCAUCGAGACCUACCUCAUCAUCGCCUCCCAGCCCGCCGUGAAGGCCGCCGCCCAGAACGGCCUCCACGGCUCGGCCCUGCCCAACGGAGCGCCAGCUUCCUCCAAGCCCAGCUCGCCUGCCCUCAUUGAGACCAAGGAGCCCGUGGGGGGCAGCCAGGCCGGCAGUUCCACGUGGGAGGAGCCCGAGCAGCAGGAGGCGCAGGCGGACAACCCCUCCUUCCCCAACCCUCGCCGGAGGCUGCGCCUGCAGGACCUGGCCGACCGCGUGGUGGACGCCUCCGAGGACGAGCACGAGCUCAACCAGCUGCUCAACGAGGCCCUGCUGGAGCGCGAGUCCGCCCAGGUGGUGAAGAAGAGGAACACCUUCCUCCUGUCCAUGCGGUUCAUGGACCCCGACCUGGAGUCCCGCUACUCGGAGGAGAAGGAGAAGCAGAGCGGGGCCGCCUUCAGCUGCUCCUGCGUCGUCCUGCUGUGCACGGCCCUGGUGCAGAUCCUCAUCGACCCCUGGCUGAUGACAAACUACGUGACCUUUGUGGUCGGGGAGGUCCUGCUCCUGAUCCUGACCGUCUGCUCGCUGGCUGCCAUCUUUCCCCGGGCCUUUCCUAAGAAGCUGGUAGCCUUCUCCACGUGGAUCGACCAGACCCGCUGGGCCAGGAACACCUGGGCCAUGCUGGCCAUCUUCAUCCUGGUGAUGGCAAAUGUCGUGGACAUGCUCAGCUGUCUGCAGGACUACGCGGGACCGGGCAAUGGCACGGCGGGGCAGGAGCUGGGGGGCGGCUGCCUGGAGAACCCCAAGUAUUACAGCUACGUGGCCGUGCUGUCGCUCGUCGCCACCAUCAUGCUGGUGCAGGUCAGCCACAUGGUGAAGCUCACGCUCAUGCUGCUCGUCACGGGCGCCGUGGCCGCCAUCAACCUCACCGCCUGGAGCCCCGUCUUCGACGAGUACGACCACAGGCGCUUCCAGGAGCACGGCUUCCCCCUGGUGGCCCUGGAGAAGAUGCAGGUCGUUUCCGCCCCUGGGCUCAACGGUACCGACAGCAGGCUGCCGCUGAUGCCAUCCAAGUACUCGAUGACAGCGAUGAUGCUGGUCAUGAUGCUGAGCUUUUACUACUUCUCGCGCCACGUGGAAAAGCUGGCACGGACCCUGUUCCUGUGGAAGAUGGAGGUCCACGAUCAGAAGGAGCGUGUCAAUGAGAUGCGGCGCUGGAACGAGGCCUUGGUCACCAACAUGCUGCCUGAGCACGUGGCACGCCAUUUCCUGGGGUCCAAGAAGAGAGACGAGGAGCUGUACAGCCAGUCCUAUGAUGAGAUCGGAGUCAUGUUCGCCUCCCUGCCCAACUUCGCCGACUUCUACACCGAGGAGAGCAUCAACAAUGGGGGCAUCGAGUGCCUGCGCUUCCUCAACGAGAUCAUCUCCGACUUUGACUCUCUCCUGGACAAUCCCAAAUUUCGGGUCAUCACGAAGAUCAAAACCAUUGGCAGCACCUAUAUGGCGGCUUCGGGAGUCACCCCAGAUGUCAACACCAACGGCUUUACCAGCUCCAACAAGGAAGAGAAGUCAGACAAGGAGCGCUGGCAGCACCUGGCCGACCUGGCCGACUUCGCACUCGCCAUGAAGGACACGCUGACCAACAUCAACAAUCAGUCCUUCAACAACUUCAUGCUGCGCAUAGGCAUGAACAAAGGAGGGGUUCUGGCUGGCGUCAUCGGAGCCCGGAAACCACACUAUGACAUCUGGGGCAACACUGUCAAUGUGGCCAGCAGAAUGGAGUCCACAGGGGUCAUGGGCAACAUUCAGGUACAUCAGCGAGUGUGGGGUGUGCUGGGGGCGGCCUCCAGAGGGAGAAGAUGCCUUGGCCAUCUGCAGUUCUGGGCAAGGGCAGCCCGUGAGCCUGCUGGGACUGGGCAAGGGCCAGAAAGGCAUGGAGGCCAGCGCAGCCAUGCUCCGGGGAGAGCACCAGGCCUGGCGUGGCCUAGGCUCCACCCUGACCCCUGCUCUCCACAGGUGGUGGAGGAAACGCAAGUGAUCCUGAGAGAGUACGGCUUCCGCUUCGUGAGGCGCGGCCCCAUCUUUGUGAAAGGAAAGGGGGAACUGCUGACCUUCUUCCUGAAGGGGCGGGACAAGCCCGCUGCCUACCCCAACGGCUCCUCGGUGACCCUGCCCCACCAGGUGGUCGACAACCCCUGAGCGGCCGCGUCGCUGGCGUGUGCACACUCCCACAGACGCUAGGUCGACAGCUCUCCUCAAGCCUUCAUCUGUUCGUGGACGCGUGGGCUCUGAGUGGCCACUCUCCUCAGUGUGCCUGUAGCUUCCCCAGCACAGGGUCAUAGGCGCAGUUCUGGAACAGUCCUUCCAGGGCCCCGGGUCCAACUCAGCCCUUCACCCCCAAGAGGCCACGGCCACUGUGAGCAGGACCGCAGCGCAGGGGCGUGGCAGGGGAGCUGUGCUCGUGAGCGCCCCCCACAGCCGCACCCCAGCAGUGCUUCUCAUUCCGAAGAGGGCUCACCUGCAGACGGGGCGUCUCUGACCCGAGCCAGGCUCCGUGGCCCUGGUCCUGAUAAUCUUGAAAGGUUCCCCUGGAACCCGUCCCUUUCGUCACAGAGCAGGAAGUGCAAUAGUUCCUUUCACCUGGUGGGGGAGGGGCGACUUCUGAAAGAAAAAUAUAUAAACAGAUCAAUACAUUUAUAUUUUUAACUGUCUGUUAAACACUUUCUGAUACUGCCUUGCCUUUUGAGCUCUUGCUACAGUCGCCUUUGCUACUGCUUUAAGAGAACUUACAGGUAUUGAUAAAGAACAAGACUGUUUUAUUAAAAGCUUUAUUCCACUUGAA